AUUCGUCGCCUUCCGCCACAUCUCCACAUCCCAGCCAUCAUGGACACCCUUUCCGUUGCGAUGCUCAAGCCGUCUUCGGCUCUGGAAGAAGCUACCCGGGCGCUCGGCUCGUUCAUCAACCUCGGGUCGGACCAGGACACGUUGGACAUCAUGAAUGACCUCAUGUUCAUGCGCAAGACGUUCUCUAUCAAGCCGACCGUUGCCGUGUUCACCGCGCCCAAGGAAAAAAACCUCAACACGAUUUCCGAAGAAGACGAGUAAACACGCACAUGUUCCCCACCACAACCCGCGACCAUUGCUCUUGCGCGAUCGCUCGAGGGUACCCCUUUAGUUUUGUUGGCUGGGCUGGAAGUGCCGCCAUGUGCUCCGUCAACGCCGUAGGUUCCCCAUAGUUUUAGUUCGUCUACCUCGUGAUCAUGAAUGUAAUCUAUUUAACUCGAGAUGGCCGUCACAUUCAA